AGUCUGUGUGUAUUUUCUGAGCCAAAAAUAACAUAAAAGAGAAUGGGGAAAUCGGCGACAACAAAAGAUGACGCGCAAGCUCUUUUUCAAUCUCUCCGAUCUGCUUAUUCUGCUACUCCUACUAAUCUCAAGAUCAUAGAUCUGUAUGUCGUUUUCGCUGUAUCCACUGCUCUAAUUCAGGUGGUUUACAUGGCAAUAGUAGGGUCGUUUCCAUUCAACUAUUUUCUCUCGGGUGUGCUUUCAUGUGUUGGAACAGUCGUCCUAGCUGUUUGUCUUCGUAUUCAAGUCAACAAAGAAAACAAGGAAUUCAAGGAUUUACCUCCCGAGCGUGCUUUUGCAGAUUUUGUUCUCUGCAAUUUGGUACUGCAUUUGGUGAUUAUGAAUUUCCUUGGAUAACUCACUAUUCAUAUAUGUUCAGUAAGAUGAGAG